CGCACUCGCCGGCGCCGCCCGUCGUCACGUCACACCACCGGAGGAGGGCGAGCUCAGGAAUGGCGGCGGCAGCGAGGGGCCACCCGCUGCUGCGGGGAGGGGCGAGGCGGGAGCGGUACACGCACGGGCUUCGGCCGGCGCAGAUGGAGGCGCUCCGCGCCGUCUGCGGCGCGUUCGUCCCGUCGCUGCCCGCUGCGGCGGAGGAGGAGGGCCGCGGCGGCCGCGCCGCCGAAGACAAGGACCUCGAGCGGUUCUACCUCGCCUCCGCCGCCGACUCCGCCAUCCCCGACGAGGUGGCGGAGCUGAUGGUGAACCGGUGCGCGUGGGAGGCGGUGGCGCUGGUCACCAUCGUGCUGUGGCUGCUGACCACGAGGGUGGGCACGCUGCUGCUGUGCGGCGGCGCGAGCGUCGUCUCCGGCGGCGGAUGGUGGUUCCCCCGCGUGAGGAGGUACGCCGACUUGCCGCCGGAGCAGCGGGAGGCGGCGCUGCGGCGGUGGAACACCACGCGGUGGCUGUUCCCGCUCAAGAUCACCUUCACCGUCAUCAAGAUCAUCUGCCACUUCGUCUUCUACACCACGGUGGACCAAACUUACUCACUGGAUGAGAAAUCCAACAACCCAACAUGGAAGGCGAUCGGGUACAGCGUGCAACGGAGGGAACGAGCACCGGCGACGCCGUCGCCGUCGCCGUCGCGGCGGCCGCUCGACGACGGCGUGGUGGAGACGAGGCGGCUGGACGACAACACCCUGCUCAGGUCGCUCGUGGAGAAGGGCCUCGCGGUGAAGACGAGCGCGGCCGCGCACCACACGGUGCAGUGCGACGCUGUCAUCGUCGGGUCCGGCUGCGGCGGCGGCGUCGCUGCGGCCGUGCUCGCGUCGAAGGGGUUCAAGGUCGUCGUCGUCGAGAAGGGGGACUACUUUGCCGCGGAGGACUACACCUCUCUCGAGGGCCCCUCCAUGGAGCGGCUCUACGAGAAGGGAGGCGUGUUCGGCACGUCCAAUGUCACGACGAUCCUGUUCACCGGCGCCACGGUCGGCGGCGGCUCGGCGGUGAACUGGUCGGCGUGCAUCCGCACGCCGGCGGAGAUCAGGGAGGAGUGGUCGCGCGAGCAUGGGCUGCCGGUGUUCGCGAGCCCCGGGUACGCGCAGGCCAUGGACGCGGUGUGCGACCGGAUCAAGGUGACCGGCGGCUGCGAGGAAGAGGGGUUCCAGAACAAGGUGCUCCGCCGCGGCUGCGAGGCGCUCGGGAUGCCCGCCGAGGCCGUGCCUCGCAACUCGUCGGAGGGGCACUUCUGCGGCAGCUGCAACCUCGGGUGCCCCACCGCCGACAAGCGCGGCACCGACACGACGUGGCUCGUCGACGCCGUCGAGCGCGGCGCCGUCAUCCUCACCGGGUGCAAGGCCGAGCACUUCAUCCUCGAGAGGAACCCCGGCGGGAGGGGCGGCCGGAGCAAGAGGUGCGUCGGCCUGAUGGCGACGUGCACGAGCGGCGGGGUCACCAAGAAGCUCCGCAUCGAGGCGAAGGUGUCCAUCUCGGCGUGCGGCGCGCUCAUGACGCCGCCGCUGCUGCGCAACAGCGGGCUCAAGAACCGCCACAUCGGCCAGAACCUGCACCUCCACCCGGUGUCCAUGGCGUGGGGCUACUUCCCGGAGAACAACAACCAGCAGGCGGCGGCGCCGCUCACCGGCAAGUGCUACGAGGGCGGCAUCAUCACCAGCAUGCACCGCGUCACGGAGCGCACCAUCAUCGAGACGCCGGCGCUCGGCCCGGGCGCGUUCUCCGCCGUGGUGCCGUGGGAGUCCGGCCGCGACAUGAAGGAGCGGAUGCGCCGGUACGCGCGCACGGCGCAUACGUUCGCGCUGGUCCGCGACCGCGGCUUCGGCGCCGUCGACGGCGAGGGCCGCGUCCGCUUCUCCUCGAGCCGCGACGACACCGAGGAGCUCCGCGCCGGCCUGCGCCGCGCGCUGCGCAUCCUGGUGGCCGCCGGCGCCACCGAGGUGGGCACCCACCGCAGCGACGGGCUCCGUCUCCGGUGCAAGGGCGUGCGCGACGAGGACCUGGAGGCGUUCCUCGACGAGGUGACCAUAGAGAAGGGGCCCAUGUACCCGGGCUCCGACAAGUGGGCCAUCUUCUGCUCGGCGCACCAGAUGGGCAGCUGCCGGAUGGCCGCGAGCCCCCGCGACGGCGUCGUCGAUGGCGCCGGCGAGAGCUGGGAAGCCGAGGGCCUCUACGUCUGCGACGGCAGCCUGCUCCCCACCGCCGUCGGCGUCAACCCGAUGAUCACCAUACAGUCCAUCGCCUACUGCCUCUCCAAGGACAUCGCCGACAACACGCUGUCGCACUGAUCCAUCGAUCCAUUGCUAUCUUCGUCGCCAUUUCUGCAUCCAAAAAAUUGCAUCUUUCGCUUGAGUUGAUGUGCCUCUCGAUCUCAACUAUGCACAUGAUUUAAUUGUACUUUGGUGAUUAAUCUCGAUUCGUAUCUACUAUACACCAGCAUGUUUAUUGAUUCACGUAAGUGUGCAGUGCAAGAGGUCUCAAUCACAAUCAUACAACGGCAAUAUCGUGGAUUUUAGGUUUGGGUGACGGUUCUUCAUCUCCUAUUUGAGCAGACAUUGAAAACUGAAAUUGAAAUUGCCCAA